AUGUUGGAGAAGAUUCUACCAUUGGUGGAGCCUCGACAUGUCUUGGUUCUCCAUUGUAGAGGGAUGUCCGGAGAUAGUGGAGCAGAAGCAUACCUCCUUCUUCUACACUAUGUAAAGAAGGCAGUGCCUGAAGACCAGCGGAUAUAUCUCCAUUGUUUCAAUGGGGAUUCCUAUGUCCGUGAGCAGUGGUCUAGUGCUUUUAGGAAUCUGUACUUCGGAUUUACCAGCAUGGCUGCAGGAUUCACCCCACCUCAGGUUCGCGCCUUGAAGUGGGUCAACCCUGAGAGAGUGUUGUUGGAGACCGACGCCCCCUACUUCAAUCGGUCAGGCCGCAAGUGGUCUGCACCCAACCAAUUGUAUUGGACGGCGGAGGCUUUUUGCAAAACACCUCAGCUACACGGCGGAAUCCCUGCUGAAUGCGACUGUAACCAACGCUCAACGACUGUUUCGUCACUAGGAAAGGACAGUUAG